AUGCGGCGACCGUUCUUGCGAGGGAUUCCGCACGAGGAUACGGGAUCCGAUCCUGAGCUCGGUGAGGAGAAAGUCCCUGAUUGCGCUAGGCUCGAUGGUAUCCCUCAAAAGAUUGAGAUGCCGUGGAGAUCAUCGUCAAGAUCUCUGGCUCGGGAUGGUCGAUCGGGGAUGACCGAAGAUAUAGUCAUCGCUUUGCGGGAGAGGGUGGGAAUCAGUGACGCGGUCAAGAUUCUCGUUCCCUUACCUGACCAAAGGCCGAUGGACGCUCCACCUGGAUGGUUUUGCCUCUACGAAUGCUUCCUCACGGAGUUUGGAAUACGUUUUCCGGUCCUCCCGUUACUUCUCGAGUAUGCGUAUGAGCGGGGUGUAGCGUUGAGUCAGCUGACCCAUGGUGUAGUGCGGCAUAUGGUCUUCUCGACCGCUCUGGCGAAGGCAGCCGGGAUGAAGCUAGACAGGGAGCUCUUUGAGCGUAUAACUGAUCUUCGUGCUGGGGUUAAGGAAGGAGGUUUCAAGCGUUUCCACACAUCGAUGAAACAUGACAUCGUUUUUGGUGAUCAUCGAACGAAGAUUCAUCACUGGACGCGCUACUACUUUUUUGUCAAGAUCGACCGUGCUUCGGUCGGGGAUUUCGAUCCUAGUCACGUCUUAACAAGAAUGGGAAGGAUUGUCCCAAGGAAAGUAAAUACUACUUUAAAGGAGAAGUUUAGAACUUUACGCGACUUGAGUAGAGAGACUUGGGCGGAUGCGUUUGCCGAGACCGAAAGGAAGAAGAAGGAAAAGAAAGGAAAGGCUAUUGCUAUAGCGAUUCCUCUCCCUGAUAAGUUGCCGGGUGUUGCUAGGAAGACAGGCUUAAGGAAAAGGGCUCCGGCUUUGGUGGAUGAUGAUAUCCUGAUCUCUGAUCCUUUAUCCAAGCGGAUGAGAUCAGAUUCCUGCGAGCUAGGUGAUCUUCCUCAGUCACUGGGGUCUCUUGGGGGUGUCACCAGUGGCGAUUUCUCUUCUCGGACUGUCGCGGCUUCUACUGGUCAGGGCGGGGAUAUGAGUAUCCUGGAGUCUGGAGGUGACGGGGCGACGGAUUUCGUCGGGAUAGACUCCGAUGCCGUCUCCUUUAAGUGGAAAGGUGGUGCUCCUUUAAUGGAUAAUGGGACUUUAGUGGAGAGAUGGUUUGGGGUUGCAAACCUAAGCCAUGCUGGGGGGUUCCGCGUGGUGAGCUUGAGUUCAAGGGUGCUUUCGAUGAGGCUUCUAAUAAUCUUAUUAGAGCCGGAGGGAAGUUUGCUGCGUUGA